GCAGUGGGGCCGGGUCAUACUUGGGUGCAGCUCCACCAGAGAAGGAAGCGAAGUUUCCGGCUGUUUGCAGCGGAGGGAGAGGAUUGCUGACGCCGCGAAACCCCGAGAAAAAACGCCACCGCCUCGGGGGGCUAACACUUUGAAGCCUCGGUAGUGGCCGUUGUCUUUGAGUUAUAGGGGCUGGCGAUUUAUUUAUUUAUUUUUUUUAAUUGCACGGGUCAGGAGAGUUGAACAGCGAACCACGGAAAGAAGCGGCACAAGGCGCGGGUGAGCUAACGGCUACCGGCAUGGCCAGGGACUACGAUUACCUCUUCAAGCUGCUCAUCAUCGGCGACAGCGGAGUGGGGAAGAGCAGUCUCCUCCUGCGAUUCGCAGACAACACGUUUUCAGGUAGCUAUAUCACCACGAUCGGUGUGGACUUUAAGAUCCGAACGGUGGAGAUCAACGGGGAGAAGGUGAAGCUCCAGAUCUGGGACACGGCGGGGCAGGAGCGCUUUCGCACCAUCACUUCCACAUACUACAGGGGGACGCACGGGGUCAUCGUGGUCUACGACGUCACCAGCGCCGAGUCCUUCGUCAACGUCAAACGAUGGUUACAUGAAAUCAACCAGAACUGUGACGACGUGUGCCGAAUAUUAGUGGGAAACAAGAACGACGACCCGAACUCCAAAGUGGUGGAGACGGCUGACGCACAGAAGUUUGCAGAGCAGAUGGGAAUCAGCCUGUUUGAGACCAGCGCAAAGGAGAACAUCAACGUGGAGGAGAUGUUUAACUGCAUCACAGAGCUGGUGCUAAGAGCCAAGAAGGAGGUGCUGGCCAAGCAGCAGCAGCAGCAACAGAACGACGUGGUCAAACUCACCCGGAACAGUAAAAGGAAGAAAAAGUGCUGCUAACAAACUGGAAGCCCCCCCACAGACGGCCGGGGAGGGAGGGGGGCGUCUCUCCCUCUC